GAGAAUGAAGCAUCUUAACCGACUUUCUGCGGCUGUUGUGGAUAUCAACAGACCGUUGUCAAAUUAUUUUACAUUUGGUACAACUUCCAUCAACGGGAACAUGAAAAAAACAGAAAAAAUUAAAGAGUGUCCAUAUUGUGGCCACACUUACCAGCAGCCAGAGGAUAGGUCAAGGCUUCAAGCUAAGAUACCAUUAACUGGAAAAGUCCGCCAGCUUCUCAGGAAAUACGUACAAAACAAACGUUCACUAGGGAAAUAUCAGCUGCACAUGGUUGAUAGAUACCUCACUAGCACAAAUUCAGUGAAAAUAACCUGCAGUGUUUGUGGAAAGAGUGAAAAAAUGCCUGGUCAACUUCGUGAGAAGAGAGAGGCACAGAAAAAGGCACAAGCAGUUCUUCCUGUGGCAGAAAUAAGUGAUGUAACAAUGAAAACGAGGAAAGAAAAACGAAAGGAACUGAAACUAAAGAAUAAACAGAGAAAACGUGACAAGCUGAAGGAAAGCAACUUGAAUGCCAUUCCUUCAUCAUGUUUAAGUCUUGAUUCCUCUACAAAUACAGAUAUUGGAUUUGGUAGCAUGCCUUCAUCUACAGCGGAACUGACGGGCAAUAUACACAGUAAUAGUCUAACCACUGCAACAAGUCAGAGAAUCUCCAAAGACACAGUGACCCGAAAAAGUGUCCAAAAUCUUGACAAAGACAUAGUGACCCCUAAAAGUGAACAAAGUCAUAACAAGGACACAAUGACCCCUAAAAGUGGUACAAGUAAUAACAAGGACACAAUGACCCCUAAAAGUGGUACAAGUAAUAACAAGGACACAAUGACCUCCAGGAUUAUUCAAAGUUAUAUCAAGGAUAAAGAAACAAAGCCAGUGGUUGUCAAUGUUAAAAGUGCCAAACGUCUAAAGUCCAAAAGCUCGCACCAGCAGCUCAGUCAGAUGUUGGCUCAACAAAGUAAGGGAAGUCCAGGAGGUUCACUGAAAGACUUUUUAUCAUCAUUAUAAAACUGUUAUCUUGGCCAUGUUGUAUUGUGAACCUGGCAUUACUAAUAAAUAUUC